AUGGUCUUGUUAAGCAAAAUUAGCCUCGUCCAGUUCUGGACGCUGGCCCUCUCUGUUACAGCAGAGGCUGGUAACUGCUGGAGGAAUACAACUUGCACCGGUCCCAUUGAUACUUCCUUUCCCGGUGCAUGGGAGAAGAACAUCUAUGCUCCUGCUUCACGUCAAGUCCGUCCGCAAAGUAUUCUCGAAGCCUCCGAUUCACGGACAGACUUCAAAGUAGGCUCUGGCCACAAUGUCCUGACGGGAAAUGGUUCUCAGAUUGUCUUUGACUUUGGUAUUGAAGUUGGUGGAAUUGUCUCCGUGAACUAUACGGCUUCAGCUGCAGGCUCAGCCUUGAAUCUAGCAUUCAGCGAGGCCAAGAACUGGAUUGGAAAAUUCUCAGACUCCUCGAAUGGUGCUUUCAAGCGGGGAGAUGGUUACCUCACGUGUUACAUCACAGAAGCUGGAGAGGGUGUAUACACCAUCCCUGACAACAAGUUGCGUGGUGGAUUCAGAUAUCUGACCGUGUUCCUUACUACCAAUGACACAAGCGAUGCUACUCUGGAGGUGAAUGAUAUCACCCUAGAGAUAGGGUUCCUUCCGACAUGGUCCAAUCUACGCGCCUACCAGGGUUACUUCCACAGUAACGAUGAACUUCUCAACCGAAUCUGGUACAGUGGUGCCUAUACCAUCCAGACCAAUAUGGUACCUGUAAACACUGGUCGUCAGAUCCCUGCAGUGGCCUAUGGAUGGGAUAACAAUGCCACCCUUGGACCUGGAGAUACUAUCAUCGUUGAUGGUGCGAAAAGAGAUCGUGCUGUUUGGCCUGGAGAUAUGGGAAUUGCAGUUCCUGCAACUUUUGUCAGUAUUGGUGAUUUGGAAAGUGUGAAGAAUGGAUUGCAGGUUAUGUACAAUACCCAGGCUUCAACUGGUGCCUUUGCGGAAUCAGGUCCGCCCCUGAGCCAGAAAGGAUCUGACACUUAUCAUAUGUGGUCUAUGAUUGGAACAUACAACUGUGUCCUCUUCACGAACGACACAGACUUCCUUCAGCUAAAUUGGGCAAAAUACCAGCUAGCCAUGAAUUAUGUCUACGGAAAGGUUGGUCCCAGCGGCCUGCUAAACGUUACGGGAACCCGAGAUUGGGCUCGGUGGCAGCAGGGAUUCAAUAACUCUGAGGCUCAGAUGAUUCUAUACCAUACCCUGAACACGGGGGCACAGCUUGCUGAAUGGGCUGGUGACACCACUGGCCUGUCCAGCAACUGGACCGCAAGAGCCAAGGAUCUGGCAGUAGCUGUCAAUGCCGAUUGCUUCGAUGAUGCAUACGGUGCAUUCAAGGAUAACGCAACCGCGACAACUCUAUAUCCUCAAGAUGCAAACAGUAUGGCUAUUCUAUUUGGACUUGUUGAUCAGGACCGCGUACAGGGCAUUUCCCAACGGCUGACCGAAAACUGGACACCUAUUGGAGCCGUUGCCCCAGAGUUACCUGAGAAUAUCUCUCCGUUCAUCUCCUCUUUUGAGAUUCAAGCCCACUUUGAGGCUGGACAAUCGGACAGAGCAUUAGACUUGAUCCGACGUUCUUGGGGUUGGUACAUCAACAACCCCAAUGGUACAGAAAGUACCGUGAUAGAAGGCUACCUUCGAAACGCAACUUUCGGAUAUCGCAGCAGCCGUGGAUAUGAUUAUGAUGCUUCAUACAUCUCUCACGCACAUGGCUGGUCAGCCGGACCCACGUCAGCAUUGAUUAACUACGUUCUUGGUCUGUCUCUCACCGGCCGGGCUGGAUCAACAUGGCGGUUGGCGCCGCAGUUUGGUGAUUUGACCUCUGUCGAAGGAGGGUUUACUUCUUCCCUGGGUCGAUUCCAGGCUGCUUGGAGUCGAGAGUCUACAAAGUCGUCGUCGUAUGAACUGUCGUUCAAGGUACCUACAGGAACACAAGGCACUGUUGUCAUUCCGCCAGUCAAUGGGAAAGGGUCGAAAGUGACUUUGAAUGGAAAGAGUGUAAAAUGGGGAAGCGAAGAGACGAAGACGAUCUCUAUCAUGAAGGGAGGCUCUUAUAGGAUUACUGUUCGCAGCAACUAG